AUGGCUGGUCGGCCCCCUCAGCGAACCAUCAACGUCAGAGAGUCCAUGCUCGCCGAUGCAACCAAGGCGCGCGAGGACAGCCUUGCGGCUCUGAUGGCCGCCGACCUUUAUGCAUAUGGGGCUCUCAGCUGCCAGAAUUUUCGGCCGACCGACGACGACUCCUUGCGUUUCGUUGUCAACGUGCCCAAACGUGUGCAAGGCCACACCAAGACGAACGGCUCGACUGCCAUGUCUUCUUUACAUCUGUCAUCUUGGAUCCGCGAGACACUAGUGCAUCUGCAGAUUGCACACAACUUCCAGCAGUCCACCAAAGGCGUUUAUAUGCUCAAGUCUCUCCUGCAGGAUUUAUUGGACCAAGGCUUGUACAACGCGGUUACGGUGUCGACGAGUAUUACUAACGCCCUCGUAGGAGAAUUUACCCAAGAGCCAACUCGACGAAAAAAUGUCCUUGGCGAUGCAAUCGGCUACGAGAAUGCCCACUGGAGCCCUUGCCAAAGCUCAUAUCUACAGCAACUAGCGGGUGACUCUCCUGGGCGAUCUUGUCGUGAAGGCCGUGAAGGACGAGAAAGGCAUUCGCUUUCGGCCAUUACUCACAUUGAGAUAUAUAAACAGUUUGCUGACGUUGACGACAGGGGGAACGGUCCAAAGAAUCAAACUGUCGCCUUGGACUCUCCUGUUGACACUGUUCACAAAGUCGCGGAUCCCGUCAAGCUUAUCUUGAUCUUGGAGCUUCGGACGGGCGCAAUUCGAGCGAAAUCUGUCAACAAACAGUUUGUCACAGCCCUGAAGAGGAAAACCCGGAUUGUCGAGUGGUCACACCCUGAGUGGCCGCUAAUUGUCACGCUUCAAGAAGGCGGCCAUGCCAGUCGGGAACACCCAGUUUGGUCACGUUGA